AUGAUUAUUGAUUCAUCAACUGUACCUUCACAUAAUGGACUUUCGUCCAAUGUUUCAUUUGAUGUCUUUCAACAAGUAGAAAAGAAAAAGAAAAAGAAAAUUAAACACAAACUUACGACAUCUACAAUUAAGAAAAAACGUACACAUUAUCAAACAAACAUUAUUUCAAAAUCUGCUGCACCCUCACCUUUGUCUUCUAUAUCUGCCUCUGUUGCUGCUGAACCUUUACUACAUAAGGUCCCACGUGUUCAACAAUUGCAAGAUAUUCAACAAGUCUCAGGUGGUCCACAAGUUCAAGGUGCUCUAUCUUUAUCUCAUCCACAACAGAUUUCAAUCACUACUGAAUCUACUCGUUAUGCAUAA